UUUUUUGCCUCUUCUCCCUAUUGUUUUCCUUUUUUUUCAUUUCACACAAAUAUAAAUGGGCGCUGCUUCUUCCAAGAAUCUACUAUUACGAAAAGAAAGACGACAAAAGAUUGAUCGCAAUGAAAAGAAGAGUUCAUCUUUUAGUAAAAAGCUGUUUAGACGAGCAACAAGAAGUACUGUCGUGGUUGCUUCAACCGAUGAAACAAAUAGAUUAUCAGACUCAGCCGACCGUAGCGAUUGCUACGCACAGUCAAAAAGUACAAGUUCAGGACAUAGAUAUAGAUACUUGAAUGGUAGAAGACAUCACGAUGAUGAAGAAGUGAACUACGUUUUGCCAAAUGAUGAUGAUGGUGUGUACUACACGAGAUGACAGUUUAGUAUAUAGAGAAUGCUGACUUUUUUUUUGUGCUAAAAAAAUACAAUGACAGAGAUUGAUAGAAAUCAUCAACAACAUUGGGUGUUACGGCAUAUUUUCCAAUGUAAUUUUCAUGCUCCAGUUCAUAAACAGUUAGAAAACGGCAUUCAAGUACUCGAUUCUGGUUGCGGACCUGCCACUUGGACUCUAGAGAUGGGAGACGCCUACCCAAAUUCUAAGUUUAUAGGAAUAGAUGUUUCAGCCUUGUUUCCAGAGAACAUAAAGCCUCCCAAUGUUGAAUUUAUCACUGGAAAUAUUGCAAAGAAUAUACCCUUUGAUGACAAUACAUUUGAUUAUAUACACCAAAGAUUAGUCAUUCUAGGUUUAACCGAGAAAGACUGGCAAAAUAAUCUAAAGGAACUCUAUCGUAUCCUCAAGCCUGGAGGAUAUUUGGAACUGGCUGAGCCUGUCAUGGACAUGACAGAUACUGGGCCACUUACAAAAGAGUACGAAGCAGCACUACAUAGCGCGUUACUAUAUCGAAACAUGUGUCCUAACAUCGGUGAAGAGCUCCAUGAUCGGCUGAUAUCAACAGGCUUUGAAAAUGUGACGAUGCUUAAUAGACAGAUACCCAUCAAUCACGGUGGGAAAGCAGGAGAAUUGUGGUGGCAAGAUUUUAAAUACGUGAGCUUAGCGCUGAGACCUAUUGUAGCAAAAAUCAAUUCUGAUUUUGAAGACCCUGAAGAGUUUGAGGCGCAUUUGGAAAAAUGCGGGAUAGAAUGUAGAAAUUAUAAAACAAAUGUAAAAUGGUUCAUCAACUAUGCACAGAAACCGCCAAACUGACAAAAACGUAUAUAAAUAAAUUAUAAUAGAGUUUUCCCCAUUUAUAAGGUAUGUGUGUCACAAGCUGAAUGCUAAGGCCAGUGUUACCAUGGACACGCGGAUUAUGUUGAG